AUGGAGUCGGGGAGCACAUUCUAUGCGGGUGAAGGUCUUCACAUUGAUCCCAGCUGGCUCAUUGACCCAAAGCUUCUCUUUGUUGGGCCACGGAUCGGUGAGGGUGGACAUGCAAAGGUCUACGAGGGGAAGUACAAGAACCAAAAUGUUGCUAUCAAGAUUGUGCACAAAGGGGACACCCCUGAAGAGGUCAUCAAGAGGCAGGGUAGGUUCUUGAGAGAGGUGACCAUGCUGUCAAGGGUGCAGCACAAGAACCUUGUCAAGUUUAUUGGAGCUUGCCUAGAGCCUGUCAUGGUGGUGGUGACUGAGCUAUUAGUGGGGGGCUCUUUGCGGAAGUAUUUGGUCAGCUUACGGCCUAGGAACCUGGAGCCUCGUGUAGCAGUUGGAUUUGCAUUGGACAUCGCCCGAGCCAUGGAAUGUUUGCAUGCACAUGGGAUCAUUCAUCGUGAUCUUAAACCUGGUAAGAAACCUGAGAAUCUGCUGCUUACAGCAGACCAGAGAACAGUUAAGCUCGUCGACCUUGGUUUAGCAAGAGAAGAGACGUUAACAGAGAUGAUGACCGCAGAAACAGGAACAUACCGUUGGAUGGCUCCUGAGUUGUACAGCACAGUCACAUUAAGGCACGGAGAAAAGAAACAUUACAACCACAAAGUAGAUGUUUACAGCUUUGCGAUUGUGUUAUGGGAACUACUACACAAUAGACUACCCUUUGAGGGCAUGUCUAACCUGCAAGCUGCAUAUGCUGCCGCUUUCAAGAACAUCAGACCAAGUGCAGAUAAUUUGCCGGAGGAGCUGUCAGAGAUCCUAACAUCCUGCUGGAAAGAAGACCCAAGCGACAGACCAAACUUCACCCAGAUAGUUCAAAUGCUUCUCCAUUACCUCUCAACCCUUUCACCGCCAGAACAUAUGGCCCCGGCUCGCACAUUCAGUUCGGAGAAUGCAAUCUUACCUCCUGAAUCGCCUGGGACGAGCUCUCUAAUGGCUUCUCGAGGUGAUAUCACGCCUAAAGGCAAUAUUGAAGACAAGCCAAGGGGCUUCUUUUUCUGCUUCAGCCAGUGUUAUUAG